GCUCAGCACUGACCCAUGGUUGCCACCGAGAAGAAGACUACCAGAAUCGAGUUGCUCGCUGUCAACGAUGCAGCCAUGCCCGAAAUGAGUCCCAAGGGUGCCGCCGGAGGCCACGGCUUGGACACUGGAAACGGAAAGGCCCUUCGCCACCACUCACUUCGCGGGGAGAGAUCGUCAAGGGACUUGGAGCUGCAGGUGAAAACAUCCCUAAGAAAUGACAACAACAGCGCAUCACUUCGCCCCGCUCGCAAGGUGCUCUCUCACAGGCCGGAGCAACAUCGCUGGGGUCAUUGUUUUCAGAGUCUUCAACAAGUAGAAUUUCAUCCUACUUGUUGUUCUCGCCGGGAUGUGCCGUCUUCGACAGAGGCGCUUCAAGGGGAUGAACUCGCCGUCUUCGACAGUACUGUAAUCGUGGAAGGAGCGAGGGAGAGAGUUCUAGUCUAA